CAGGCAGUUCCUAAUGCCUGUCACUUCCCAGGACAUUGGCAGCGGCAGCCCGGAGCCCCCGAGCCCUGGGCAGGUUUGCCUGUCCUUCCCGGCGAUCUGAUUGGAUAAAGUGGGAGCUCGACGGUGGCCGACGUGGGACAGUCUGGCUGUGGCAGGGGUCUCGGAAACCAUGGGUUAUUGCAGUGGCAGGUGCACGCUUAUCUUUAUCUGUGGCAUGCAACUGGUUUGUGUGCUGGAGAGGCAAAUAUUUGACUUCCUUGGAUAUCAGUGGGCACCUAUCCUGGCAAAUUUUGUACAUAUUAUCAUCGUCAUCCUUGGUUUGUUUGGAACUAUUCAGUAUAGACCUCGUUACAUAACAGGAUACGCUGUCUGGCUAGUCCUCUGGGUGACGUGGAAUGUGUUUGUUAUCUGCUUCUAUUUGGAGGCGGGGGAUCUCUCAAAGGAAACAGACCUUAUCCUGACAUUCAAUAUUUCAAUGCACCGAUCUUGGUGGAUGGAGAAUGGACCAGGAUGUAUGGUGACAUCUGUGACGCCUGCCCCCGACUGGGCCCCAGAAGACCAUCGAUACAUCACUGUCUCAGGUUGUUUUCUGGAGUACCAGUACAUAGAAGUGGCUCAUAGUUCCCUCCAGAUCAUCCUCGCACUGGCGGGCUUCAUCUACGCCUGUUACGUCGUGAAAUGCAUCACUGAAGAAGAAGACAGCUUUGACUUCAUAGGUGGCUUUGAUUCUUAUGGCUAUCAAGGGCCUCAGAAGACAUCUCACUUACAACUACAACCAAUGUACAUGUAA